AUGGCAGAUCGAUUUCCGUCCCUAGACGACUUCGAUUCCGGAGCACAAACCGAAAUAAAAAAUCCUUCCGCUGAGCCAUCGGCCGACGACUUUCUUGCCAGGGAAAGGGCUUUAUUGGGAGACGACGCUGAGCAGUUCACAACUAGUGAGGAUGCCGUAGCUUUUGCAGAACCAAGCGGUGACCUCCUGGGGCAGGAUAAAGUCGGCGAGUCAACCUUCGAAUCCCAGUUUCCCGACCUUGCUGGUCCCUCUGCAGGCACUGCUGGUCUACCUGGAAGUACCUCUAUCACUGGACCGUCCAUUAGUUACAAUUCAGGUUACCAGUCUCAUGUAGGCGAUGAGGAGGAGCCCGAGGUCAUCAAGCAGUGGAGAGAGCAGCGUGACGCACAAAUUGCCAAACGAGCUGAACAGUUUACUGCCCAGCGUGAGGAGACUAUCAAAGAAGCACAGCAGAAUAUUGACGAUUUCUACGAGAAUUACAACAGUAAGAAGGAAAAAGGAAUUGCACAGACAAGGAAGGAUGCCGAGCAAUUUCUCGCCAAUCGCGAAGAUACAGUUUCGGGCGGCACAAGUUGGGAUCGCAUUGCGAAGCUCGUCGAUAUAAGUGGUAAAAGCACCAAAGGGGGUGCAACUGGAUCCGGCAAGGAGCGCUUCCGCGAAAUGUUGACAAGCCUACGAAAAGACGAGAAGGCCCCAGCAGCUACGGGAUAUUGA